AUGAAUGAGCUGAAGAACCAAGCAGAGGUUGAAGUGGAAGCGAUUCAUUUGUGGGCUACUCCAAGAUCACUGAGUACCAGCCUCAUGUACUCUUUUGCUCAGAGGGAUGACAUAGAAGUGCUUGAUGAACCCCUCUAUGCAACUUUCCUUCGGGUGACGGGUUUUGAUAGGCCCUACAGGGAGGAGGUUCUGUCCAAAAUGGAACCGGAUGGAAAUAAAGUUGUAAAAGAUAUCAUUCUUGGUCCAGGAAGAAAGAAGUAUCGCCUCUGUAAGCAUAUGGCCAAGCAACGUGUGCCUGGUUUACCAAUUGAUUUAAUGAAGACAGGAAAGCACGUCAUUUUGACCCGGAAUCCCCUUGAUAUCUUGCCAUCCUUUGACAAGGUUGUGCCUCCAUCGCUUCUUGAGUUAGGUUUGGCAGAUCUGGUCUCAAUAUACAGUGAGCUCUCUGAACUGGGGAGACCCCCUCCUGUUAUUGAUGCAGCAGAGCUUCAAGUAGAUCCUGAGGCUACAUUACGUGGUCUUUGUGAAGAGUUGGAUAUCCCUUUUCAGUCCACAAUGCUUAAGUAUGCAAAAGCUAUUCCAUUUGAAAUUGAAAAUCCAAUAGAUGGUGUUUGGGCCCCAUGGUGGUACGAAACAGUGCACAAAUCAACAGGAUUUCAACCACCAAGAAAGUAUCCCAUGCCAUUCCCUAUGUCUCUGUAUGAUGUACUUGAGCAAAGUCUACCUUUCUACAACUUUCUUAGGCGCCAUGUGAAGCAGACAUCGUGCCUUCUUAAGUCUCAUUUGCCUGAACCCGAUCUUCCAGUUCCAGAAAAUGAGAAGCUACUUGCAUGGGUUGGUGAUGAGAUUGUACCACGCGAGAGUGCAAAGGUUUCUGUGUUCGAUUCGGUUGUCCAAGGCGGUGAUUCAGUUUGGGAGGGUCUUCGAGUUUACAAUGGCAAGAUAUUUAAGCUUGAUGAACAUUUAGAUAGGUUAUUUGACUCAGCAAAGGCUUUGGCAUUUAACAAUGUUCCUACUCGCGAAGGGGUUAAGGAAGCCAUCUUUAGUACUCUUAUUCGAAAUGGAAUGUUUGACAAUUCACACAUCCGAUUAAGUCUGACGCGUGGGAAAAAGGUUACUUCUGGCAUGAGCCCAGCAUUCAAUCUUUAUGGAUGCACCUUAAUUGUCCUUGCUGAAUGGAAACCCCCUGUCUAUGACAAUACAAGUGGUAUUACUCUUGUUACAGCUACCACUCGUCGUAAUUCACCAAAUAAUUUGGAUUCAAAGAUUCACCACAAUAACCUACUCAACAAUAUACUUGCAAAGAUAGAAGGCAAUAAUGCAAGUGCCGCUGAUGCAAUCAUGCUCGACAAGGAUGGUUAUGUGUCCGAAACAAAUGCUACGAACAUUUUUUUGGUGAAGAAAGGCCGUGUUUUGACACCUCAUGCUGAUUACUGCCUUCCUGGUGUGACUCGAGCAACUGUUAUGGACCUUGUGGUGAAGGAGGAGUUGGUCUUAGAGGAGAGAAGGAUCAGCCUAUCAGAGUUCCAUACUGCAGAUGAGGUAUGGACAACAGGAACAAUGGGAGAACUCAGUCCGGUUGUGAAGAUUGACGGCCGUCUAGUUGGAGAUGGAAAAGUGGGGCCUGUGACUCGAACACUGCAGAAUGCUUACAAGGAGCUGACAGAAGCAUCGGGGGUGCCCAUACCAACCUAUCAUGAUACCUGA